AUAAUUGUUUUCCUUUUUUUUUUAGGCACGGAAUGUUAACACUGGUGAAUUAGCAGCAAUUAAAGUAAUAAAAUUGGAACCAGGGGAAGACUUUGCAGUUGUGCAGCAAGAAAUUAUUAUGAUGAAAGACUGUAAACACCCAAAUAUUGUCGCUUAUUUUGGAAGCUAUCUCAGGCGAGAUAAACUUUGGAUUUGCAUGGAAUUUUGUGGAGGUGGCUCUUUACAGGAUAUUUACCAUGUAACUGGACCUCUCUCAGAAUUGCAGAUAGCAUAUGUUAGCAGAGAAACACUACAGGGAUUAUAUUAUCUUCACAGUAAAGGGAAAAUGCACAGGGAUAUAAAGGGAGCUAACAUUCUAUUAACGGAUAACGGUCAUGUGAAAUUGGCUGAUUUUGGAGUAUCUGCACAGAUAACAGCUACAAUUGCCAAACGGAAGUCUUUCAUUGGUACACCAUAUUGGAUGGCCCCAGAAGUUGCAGCUGUUGAAAGGAAAGGAGGGUACAACCAGCUCUGUGAUCUCUGGGCGGUGGGAAUCACUGCCAUCGAGCUUGCUGAGCUUCAGCCGCCCAUGUUUGACCUACAUCCAAUGAGAGCAUUAUUUCUAAUGACAAAAAGCAAUUUUCAGCCUCCUAAACUAAAGGAUAAAAUGAAGUGGUCAAAUAGUUUUCAUCAUUUUGUGAAAAUGGCUCUUACCAAAAAUCCGAAAAAAAGACCUACUGCUGAAAAGUUACUACAGCACCCUUUUGUCACACAACCUUUGACUCGGUCGUUAGCAAUAGAGCUGCUAGAUAAAGUGAAUAAUCCAGAUCAUUCCAUUUACCAUGAUUUUGAUGAUGAUGAUCCUGAGCCCCUUGUUACUGUACCACAUAGAAUUCACUCAACAAGUAGAAAUGUGAGAGAAGAAAAAACACGUUCAGAAAUAAACUUUGGUCAAGUAAAAUUUGACCCACCCUUAAGGAAGGAGACAGAACCACAUCAUGAACUCCCCGACAGUGAUGGUUUUUUCGACAGUUCAGAAGAAAUAUACUACACUGCAAGAUCUAACCUGGAUCUACAGUUAGAAUAUGGACAAGGACACCAUGGUAGUUACUUUCUAGGUGGAAACAAGAGUCUUCUAAAGUCCGUUGAAGAAGAAUUACAUCAGCGAGGACAUGUGGCACAUUUAGAAGAUGAUGAAGGAGAUGAUGAUGAAUCUAAACAUUCAACUAUGAAAGCAAAAGUUCCACCACCUUUGCCACCAAAGCCUAAGUCCAUCUUCAUACCACAAGAAAUUCAUUCUACUGAGGAUGAUAAUCGAGGAACGAUCAAGAGAUGUCCCACGUCAGGGAGCCCAGCGAAGCCAUCCCAGGUUCCACCUAGACCACCACCACCCAGAAUACCCCCACAAAAGCCUAUUGUUUUAGGAAAUGGAGUGAGCUCCUUUCAGUUAAAUGGUGAGCGAGAUGGAUCAUUAUAUCAGCAACAGAAUGAGCAUAGAAGCACAAACCUUUCGAGGAAAGAAAAGAAGGAUGUACCAAAGCCUAUUAGUAAUGGUCUUCCCCCCACACCUAAAGUGCAUAUGGGUGCAUGUUUUUCAAAGGUUUUUAAUGGGUGCCCCUUGAAAAUUCACUGUGCAACUUCAUGGAUAAACCCAGAUACAAGAGAUCAGUACUUGAUAUUUGGUGCUGAAGAAGGGAUUUACACCCUUAAUCUUAAUGAACUUCAUGAAACAUCAAUGGAGCAGCUAUUCCCUCGAAGGUGUACAUGGCUAUAUGUAAUGAAUAAUUGCUUGCUAUCAAUAUCUGGUAAAGCUUCUCAGCUGUAUUCCCAUAAUCUACCAGGGCUGUUUGAUUAUGCCAGACAAAUGCAAAAGUUACCUGUUGCUAUCCCAGCACACAAACUACCUGAUAGAAUACUGCCAAGGAAAUUUGCUGUAUCAGCAAAAAUCCCUGAAACCAAGUGGUGUCAGAAGUGUUGUGUUGUGAGAAAUCCUUACACAGGCCAUAAAUACCUAUGCGGAGCACUUCAGACUAGCAUUGUUCUAUUAGAAUGGGUUGAACCCAUGCAGAAAUUUAUGUUGAUUAAGCACAUAGAUUUCCCCAUCCCAUGUCCGCUCCGCGUGUUCGAGAUGCUGGUCGUUCCUGAGCAGGAGUACCCGCUGGUCUGCGUCGGCGUCAGCAGAGGGCGAGACUUCAACCAAGUGGUUCGGUUUGAAACUGUCAAUCCAAACUCUACCUCCUCGUGGUUUACAGAAUCAGACACCCCACAGACAAGUGUAACGCAUGUAACCCAGCUGGAGAGAGAUACCAUCCUUGUAUGCUUGGACUGUUGUAUAAAAAUUGUAAAUCUCCAAGGAAGACUGAAAUCUAGCAGGAAAUUAUCAUCAGAACUCACUUUUGAUUUCCAGAUUGAAUCAAUAGUUUGUCUACAAGACAGUGUGCUAGCUUUCUGGAAGCAUGGAAUGCAAGGUAGAAGCUUUAGAUCUAAUGAGGUAACACAAGAAAUUUCAGAUAACACAAGAAUUUUCAGGCUGCUUGGAUCUGACAGGGUCGUGGUUUUGGAAAGUAGGCCAACUGAUAACCCCACCGCAAACAGCAAUUUAUACAUCCUGGCGGGUCAUGAAAACAGUUACUGAAAUGUAUUGUGCUUUGACAGUUAACUCUAGAAAAACAAACACUACCGCUGCAACAUUACGGGAUGCUCGGCGCUGUACAAAAGCUGCAGUAACCUGGCUUCAGUUGCUUGUAAUUUAUUGUGGCGUGAGACAAGAUGGGAAAUCUGUUUUAAGUGGUAUGGAUAUAUCCAGCAUAUUGAGCCACACAAGUGCUUCGUUCACGGUUGUGAUCUUUGUACAUAUAGGCAGUAUUUUUCUGUGAAACUUAAUAUUGCGAAAGACAUACACUAAGAAUUUAUGUAGAUAAUGUACUUUUAUGAGAUGUACAAGUAAAUGUCUUAUCUGUACAGAUGUAAAUGUUGAUGAAAAUGCUAUUGGGGUUAAUAUUUUAAGUAUCUUUAGUAUAUUCAUGGGUGUGGUUAUAUUACAAAAUGGGAUGCUGGCAAUGAAACAGUACUUUAACACUAUGGUAUUUUUUAUUGUAUGUAAUUUAGUAAUAUGAAUAUAAAUCUUGUAACUUUUACAAUUGUAAUGGCAGUUGUAAUCAUUUUAUAAUCUUGUUUUUAAUUUUAAUGCAAGUACACUGGUGUUUAUAUUUGCACAGAGUAUUGAUACGUGAUACAUUGUCACAAAAGGAAGCUGUGACAUUGUCAAUGUGCGGUUGGCUCCACAACAUAUUUUUUAAAUGUAUUUGGGUUGUUUUCUAUAUGGAAAAAACCAAUUAAUCACCUGUUGUAGUAACUGAUCUUUUUAUAUUUAAGCAGAAAUCCUGUAAGAUUGCUUGUCUUUGCUUUAAAAUGUCUUUGAAAAAAUUUUAAAUCACAGAGUAGCGGUACCAUGAUGUAACACUAUAGUUGUCUGAAUUACGGUAUGCACAAAAAAUAAAUUAGCAUUAUAAAGAGUCCAUAGUCGACAUUUCAUAUAAUCACACUGAGGAACUAUGACAUUCCAUAGAGUGAAGUGGUUCAAAUUGCUAGUGGAAUUUUUUACUUUGGUUGGCCUUACUUUAUGAUUACUUUCAUAUUUCUUUUGAUUUAGAGUUAACACAUGGCCAAAAUAAUUUAGUUACUACCUCAUACAAACAAUAUAAUGGUUACUACACAUCACAGGAACUUAGUUUUGGUUAAAGUCAUUUUUUAUUCCUUUUUCCAGUGGAAUAUGUAUAAACGAAGUUUAGCAAAUUUACACUUUGGGGUCUUUUUGGUAUAUGUUCUUUAUAUUUUAAUGUGAAUAUAUAUACACUAAGAACAAACUAAAUUGUGAUUUAUGGUCUUCAUUUAUUUUAAUUGAUGAUGGUUUUAAAUAUGUUCCUGAUUGUACAUAGUGUAAAAUAAACACGUUUUUUAAUA